AUGAUAAAAGUAGACGGCCAACAUAUCGUCUAUGUAGCUUGCAAUAAUGGCACAACGGCGCUUAUAAACAAAGAAGGAGAGCUGCUGAUGUUCGGUAAAGACACCACACACGCAGAUCCAGUGACAGGAAUUGUAGGACUUUUAAAAGGAGAGUUUGUUACUCAAGUGGCGUUGGGAAAAGCUCACGCAGUUACACUAACUAAUAAAGGGCAUAUUUACACCUUUGGGAUCAAUAAUAAAUUCCAGUGUGGAAGGGAAUUUAAUAUGGCGAAGGAAGAAAACUCUUCUAAUGUUGUUGCCAUGGACACUUGUGGUGUUCAAGAAGAGCAAGAUUUGAUAGAUGAAAUUCAGUCAGAAAAUCAAAAGGAAAGCGAAAAUAUUCCCGGAGUAUCUGAUCUGAAUAUGGGAGAACCACAUAACAUAUGUCCACCUGGCAUGCACGCUUGGCAUGACGAUAUGUGCAUGAUUUGUACUGUUUGCAGAGAAUGUACUGGGUAUUCCAUUAGCUGUUUAUCAUCUAUUAGUGCUGACCGAAAUCCUGGACAGGAAUGCGGAUGUGGAGAAGGUGACAGCGGUUGCAGUAUAUGCGGUUGCUGUAGGAUUUGCGCUAGGGAAGUAGUAGAUAAUUCUGAAUUGGCUGAUUUGGCAGGGAUGAUGAGAUUGGACUUAAUAUUUAGAGAAAAAGCGGUUAUACCACCCAGACAAAGAACCAAGUUACAAGAGCAAUUGCAGAGUCGCUUAGAAGAAAGGAAAAAUAAGAGCAAGAAAUCGGUACAAAGUUGUAGUAAACAAUCACUGAAAGCUAAAUCUUCGAGACCAGCUAUUAAUUCAUCCACAGCACAUAGAUUAAAUAAUAGUGUUAGACAAAAUAAUGUCUUACAAUCAGUUAAAGACCAACAGGGUUCCGAUGUUGAAAGAGACGCUGCCAGAAUAUCAUGUCUACCUCCAUCUAAGUUGACUUUGCCUAGCGAUAGCCCUGUGAUACAGAUAUCUUGUGGUUUACAUCAUAGUAUAGUACUGCUACAAAAUGGUCAGAAGGGACAGUUAGGAAGAACUCCUAACAACGUUUCAUCGCAAGAUGUUACUCAACCUGGAAAUAGCUCAUCAUCUCGCUUUUCAAAUCCUAGGACUCCUUGGUACAGCUUUCCUGGGUUAAUACCAAAUAUUGGCCCAAGGCACGGCCGUAGAGCAACUUGGGUAGGUGCGUCAGGAGAUCAAACAUUCCUUAAAUUGGAUGAAAGUCUCAUAAACUCCGUUAGUAUAGCAAAGUCGACAGUAACAGCAAAUAAGUGUUCAAUUGUUUUACUUCCUAAUGAAGAAGAAACUGCGAAGAAUUUUAAAUGUCUAGUCAUUAAUAAAAGAGAUGGAAAUUGCAACUCGUUUAAAUCGGCCGACCAAGUCGACUUCAGUAACAAAAUUGUUUGCAUGGAUCCUAUCUAUAACGUUUUGUGGUCUUACAGCGUUAUGAAUAAUGAAUUUACAGCAUACAAUGUCAUAGCUGCAGAACUCCAGACUUUAAAGAACGUUAACAAACCUGAAGGAAAAUAUUUGAGUGAAAUUAGAAAUAUUAAAGAUGCCAAAAAUAUUGACCGUAACGUUCAAUUGUCUUCGAUUCUUUCGCCAGAACUAGCUUUACCUGUCACCACAAACUGUUAUGUUACUCGAUUUCAAGCAGCUAUCAAUCUGCUAUGUUGCUUGGACAUUUUAACGAUGUCUCAUGAUCUGCAGAUAACAGCUAUAAACGAAACUGUUGACGAAAGAUGCCAGAUGACAGGCAAACAAUAUUCCAAAGAAGACUUUCAAGCGGUUAACAGAUUUGAAAGCCACGGUGGCGGUUGGGGAUAUUCCGGACAUAGCAUUGAGGCUAUUCGAUUUACGGCCGAUACAGACAUAUUACUUGGGGGAUUCGGUUUGUUCGGAGGCAGAGGAGAGUAUACUGCUAAAUUGAAACUGUUAGAUAUUGGACCAGAAGGAGGAGAACAGGAAAUCGAUGGCGAGUUGUUGGCCGAAACUGAAGAAAUUCCCUACGAAUAUGCCAGACAUUCAGCACAUCGCUGGUAUGUCGCCUGGUGUCGCAUCAGUGGCCCUAGCAGCGAUUGUGGAUCCUCUGGACAAACUAUGGUUACAACAGAAGAUCAAAUUCUCUUCUAUUUCAAAUCAUCCAAGAAGUCGAACAACGGCACAGACGUGAACGCUGGACAGAUCCCACAACUUCUUUAUAAAAUAGUAACGCCUGAAAAUCAAUCUUCUCCGAGACAAAGCGAUAUAAGCGAACCUAUUCACAUAUUAUCUAAAGAUUUUUCAAGAACUGUAACAAGAGAAUGCUUCCAGAGUUUACUUUCUCUACUGCAGUGGUCAUGGAAUACAUUUAAAUGGGGUAUCGUGGAAGGACAUAAUCAUAAAGUGUCUUAUACCAGUUUAGAACUAGAAAGAUUGGUUUAUAUAAGCAGAUCUAGUUUGCGCUUAAUAUGUACUUAUACCAAUGAAAUAUAUCCUCGACAUAUUAACAAGAAAAUGUCAUUGGAAAACGUUCAGCUUGCGGAAUGUAUAGGGGAAGUUAGAACGCUACUAAAGCAAAUAUUAUCGGAUAACAUACCGAUAGUUAUGCAGAACAAGAAGUCCAGCAGGAGCAACACUUUGAGCAUCAGUUUGAUGAAUAACAUUCUGGAUGAAUGUCAUAAUACAUUCGUGUCAUGUUUUCACGCUUUCUAUCCAACAGCUCAUCUAAAAUGGACCUGUCUGUGUGACCUGCUUAGUGAAUGCAAUAAGGUUGAAUCUACUUCCAGUAAUAUUGCAUGGCAAUGGUGUGAUGUAUUGGAAUGCCUUAUAACAUUGGCUUCAAACCCCGUUGUAAGAAGUUUGCAUAAAAGUACAACUUCGUCGUCUUCGGAUUUAUCGAAGUUCUGUUGUCAUUUGCUAGCAAGAGUAUUAGCCGAAUUGGUACAUCAGUGUAGCUCUUCUGAAGAAGAUCUACAAGGAAAUUACGGCAGAAUUUUACAUAUGACGCCGUCUCGUUUUACUAGAACAAAUCAAUCUAGAACUUGGAAUACAGGUAAUGGUUCACCCGAUGCAAUUUGUUUUCAAGUUGAUCGUCCUGGAAUAUCGAUAAUUGGAGUGGGAGUUUACGGUGGUAUUGGUCAUUACGAAUACGAACUAGAACUUUUGGAAGAUAGUGUCAAGUUACCAUUUUCAUUUUGUAGUUAA